UGUGUUUCUUUUCAUUGUCGUUUUCUACGAGCGGUUGUUUAGACCAGAGAACAAUCAAUCAAUACAAGGUAAUAAUAUUCGAAUCAGACCAAACUGAACUUUAGAGUUGAAGAACGAACAAAGUAAUGGGAGAAAAAGAAGACAAGAAAGAGAGAGGCGAGGAAAUCAUCACGGCCAUUUACAAGGUUCACCUUCACUGCCGGAAAUGUGCAUGCGACAUCAAAAAACCUCUCCUUCGUUUUCAAGGGGUUCAUGGUGUGGAUGUUGAUUUGGAGAAGAACGAAAUCAGAGUAAAAGGGAAAAUAGAAGUCGUGAAGAUUCACAAGGAAAUCGAAAAAUGGAGCAAGAAAAAAGUUGAGCUCAUCUCUCCCAAACCCUCUGAAGUUAAGAAAACCACUACUACAACAACUACAACUACUUCUGUGGUAGAGAAGAAAACCACCGAAGUCAAAAAGGAUGUUAUUCGCACGACAGUACUAAAGGUACACAUUCAUUGCGCUAAGUGUGACAAAGAUCUUCAGAACAAACUCUUGAAGCACAAAGCUAUUCACAUUGUGAAAACUGAUACAAAAGCCCAAACGCUAACGGUACAAGGGACGAUAGAAUCUGCAAAACUUUUAACCUAUAUAAGGAAAAAAGUUCACAAACAUGCAGAGAUACUAAGCACAAAGACAGAAGAAGAGAAGAAGAAGGAAGAAGAAGAGAAAAAGAAGGAAGAAGAAGAGAAGAAGAAGAAGAAAGAAGACGGGGAAAAGAAGAAAAAGGAAGAAGAGGAGAAGACGAAAGGAGAGGUCAAAGUAGAAGUGACCAAAACGACUACUCAAAUUGUGGAGUUCAAAGAGAAAGUGAAAGUUGAGGGCCACAAAGAUAAAGAUGGAAACAUACCUUACUUCGUUCAUUACGUCUACGCUCCACAAUUGUUCAGUGAUGAAAACCCUAAUGCUUGUUGCAUUGUCUAGUUACAUUGUUAAAUAUGUACGUAAUGUCGUUCAUACAUAAGAAAUUAUACAAUAGACCCUUAAGUAAAAUAUGAUACAAAUCAGAAUGAUGUGUUGACAUGCCAAUGUUAUAUUAAAAAACGAACCAGUUAUAUAUAAUUGUUUUUUGAACCA